AUGGAUCAAAGAAGCAUGCAUAUUUUCGUUAAACAGCAAAUUCGUCAACAUACUUCAUUUGGUGGUACUCGGAACGACAAUGUUACUCAAUGGUUACAAGAUACUGAAGCUAUAUUUGAUCGGUCUUCAUUUAAGAUUGCUAUCACUCAAGCUUUUCAACCCGCAUCUAAUCGAACAUUAUCAGUGGUUGAACAACGGUCAAUAUCAGUACAAAAUGCUAAUUCAUCAUCAAUAUCAUCCAAAACAACCCCAAAUUCAUCCUCCACAUCUCAAGAUAAUUUUUCAGCAGUUACUGAUCUCAGUGGAUCAAUUUCAAAUAAACUUUCUCCGCCAACCUCGGAAAUUGAAAAAUCUUCAACAUUUGAACGAAUAAUAAAUGAUGAUCAACAAUUAAAUAUUGUUGUUGUGCCUGAACCCUCAUCGCUUCAUCAAUUCGUAAACGAAAUUAAAGAUUCAACCGUUGUUAACAUCCCAAAUAAUUCGUCCUCGAUACUUACAAGUACUCAAUUAACAUGUUCAUCUACAGUAGCAAUUGAUAAUCCUACUACAUAUGAAGCUGAAUUACAAGAACUACCUAAUGAUCAAGUUAAUUCUUAUUCGUCGAAUGAUUUUCAUGUAAUUUUUAAUGAACUUAGUUCUGUUACGGAAUCAGAAAAAGUUAAUACUCGUGUUAAUAGUGAAAAUGCUAAUGUCGAUACAUAUGUUUUUCGUGAUGUCAUAUAUCCAAUGAUAUUAGGAAGAUAUCAGAUUCAGAAGAAUGUGUUAAUCUUACUUUCUCAAUCAAUCGGAUUUAUUUUCGUAACUGUUACAUAUGUCGAAUGA